CUCCACUUCCUCAAAAUAUACACAUAUAAAAACACGUCCUCCCUCACCAAGUUGUCUUAACUGUACUGUCACUCUUCUCUAGCCCUGUGGAUAAAGAUUUGAUCAUUUGUAGUCUAGUCAGGAAAGAUUUACAGUCUUGUUUCGACCGCAGCGCUUCAUUCAAACAGGUGGACAGACUGAGUGGGCUAACGGCGGCUAACAGCUAAACACCGCAGCACCACAGCUAGAAUUAGCCUAGCACUUCUUUACACGUUACAUUUACCCUUCUGGAAGUUUAUUUAAGGUGGUCUGUGCGGUAAAGUGGCUCGGUGAAGCCCGUUAGGGUGAAUAAAUGAUCGCCCCCUCCGCCCUUCACUCCUGUUAUGUUCUGUUUUUUUUCUUUGUUGUUUGGCUGUGAAGACCCGGGGUUUUUCCCUCCUCACUGAGGAGAGUGUUUUUAUCCAGGUGGGAGCGAAUCUUUGCGAAGGGACGGCCUUCUCUCACUCAAUCCACGGAGGAGCAAGUGUGUAGAGUGUGCAUGUGUAGGCUAUGUGUGUGUGUGUGAGAGAGAGAGAGGGACAUUAGCUGGGGUGGUCUGGGACAGUAGCUGAGCGAGGCGAGGCGGCUCUGCUAACAGGUGUGCGGCUUCCCUUCAAACACACACACACACACACACAUAGGCGCACUCUCUCUCUCACUCACUCUCACACACACAGCCUGCUCGGAGAGGAGGGUGGUCUCUGAGAGCGAGCGGUCUCGGGGAAAUCGUCCUGUUAGCGGGACGGGGAGAGGAGGGGGGAGAGUGUGCUGUCAUCUCAGCGGCAGGCUGAGGGUUCAGAGUUGGGCUGUGUUUGCGAUUGUUUUUAUUGUUAUUAUUGUUUCUGAGGACAGGGACGCGGCUCGCGCAGAGGGACAGAACAAGAACAAGGAAAGAAGAAGAAGAAGAAAAAAAGCAGCAACAACAGCAGCAGCUCAUGGCAGCGAAGAAAGCGUGCGCGGACCCGAGCAAACGGAGCCGAAGUCCCGUCGUGCUGGAGGCGGAGAUGUUCAGCGAAUUUCAGGAGUGGUGUCUCCGCACGUACGGAGACUCGGGCAAGACGAAGACGGUCACGCGCAGGAAAUAUAACAAGAUCAUGCAGACGCUACUGCAGAGCGACGAGGCGGACGGCGGCGUGUACGUGGACAACAGCCACAUCAACGCCAAAUUCAAGUUCUGGGUGAAGUCCAAGGGCUUCCAGGUCGGCAGCAGCAGCGGCAGCAGCAGCAGCGUGUUGGGCGAGCACAACAAGAAAGGGACGGCGCCGGGGAAGCCCGUGCUCUACGUGCCUGUCAAGUCCACGUGUUCUGAUGGUGGACAGUCGCAGGACAGCUCGCUGAAGCGGGUGGCAGUGGUGGAGGAUUUCUUCGACAUCAUCUAUGCCAUGCAUGUAGAGAUGGGCGCAGAUCCAGGCAGAGCACCCAAACAUGCUGGCCAGAAGAAAACCUACAAAGCGAUUGCAGAGACGUAUGCCUUCCUGCCCCGCGAGGCGGUGACCCGCUUUCUGAUGAGCUGCGGGGAGUGCCAGAAGAGGAUGCACAUCAACCCCAGUACUGCAGAGUUCAAAGAAAAUGACCGGCCCACCUCUCUGGUCCCGGACCUCAUCGACUACAACAUGCCUCUUACUGCCACCUACCUGAAACAGAUGAAACUGCAGUGCAUGAACACCAAUGAGCAGGAUGAGAGUUCGGUAAGCAGUGAGGAUCUGGACAUGGCCGAGCCAGCAUGGGUCUCUACUGAGCGCACACCAGCGCCCAGCGGUACUCCCGAGCAGCGGCCAGAGAGGAAGCCCACUCCUCCACGGCCCAGCAUCAAAGAGGAGGAAGAUGACUCCUCCUCUGAGAGUGGCAGCACUGCUAACGGUCUCCCUGCACUGACACCACCUGGCGGUGCUGCCGUGGUAACAGGUGGCGUUCCAGUGUCAGAAGGCAUAGUUCCUUAUGGAGAAGUGAAUGGUAAUGGAGCUGCAGCACCGCUGGACUUCAGCACCACCUCAUCCUCUUCUUCCUCAGAGGAAGGCCAACAGCCCGUCAACCUGAGCGAUAGACUGUUGCCGGGGGUUACCCCUCCUCUCGGACCAUAUCCUGCAGACCCCAACAGGAAAUACGCUAUUAAAACAGAGUACAACAGCAAGUCUCCUCAGUACAGCUCAGGAAGCUACGACUCGGUGAAGACUGAACUGAGCAUGUGCACUGAGGAUCUGAACACAGCGCGCACUCAGGUCAUAGACGACGACGACGAUGAUCAUGAUGAUCACGAUGACAGCGACAAGAUAAAUGAUGCAGAGGGACUGGACCCCGAGAGACUCAAAGCUUUUAAUAUGUUUGUGCGGUUGUUUGUGGAUGAGAAUCUGGACCGGAUGGUGCCCAUCUCCAAGCAGCCCAAAGAAAAGAUCCAGGCCAUCAUCGAGUCCUGCAGCCGCCAGUUCCCUGAGUUCCAGGAGCGCGCUCGCAAACGCAUACGCACCUACCUCAAAUCUUGCAGACGCAUGAAAAAGGGAGGCUUUGAGACACGCCCCACGCCCCCCCACCUCACCUCCGCCAUGGCUGAAAACAUCCUGGCAGCUGCCUGUGAGAGCGAGACACGCAAUGCUGCCAAAAGGAUGCGCCUCGACAUUUACCAGACCCACGAUGAACCGAUCACUGCAGAUAAGCCCAACUCCAGGGACCCAGCCGCCCUGGCCCACUCAGGCUUCUCGUUGGCUGCCUCAGCCUACUCCCAGGACCAGCUGUACACCAACGGUGGGCUCAAUUACAGUUUCCGUGGUUACGGGGCCCUAGGCAACAGCUUGCAGAACAGUGGGACAACUCAGAGCAAUGGCCCUACUGACCUUAGCAUGAAGUCCCUGGGAUCCAGCUCCUCCUUGUCCUCCACUUCUAACAGCCAUGGUCAGGGUAGUGGUGGUGGCGGAGCGUCGGCCCAGCUUAGCCCGCCUGAAGUGACCGCCGUCCGGCAGCUCAUUGCAGGCUUCCGCGAGUCCGCAGCCUUCCUGCUCCGCUCAGCCGACGAGCUGGAGAACCUCAUCUUGCAGCAGAACUGACAAUUCGCACUACACAUGGUUCAGUCGUGUCUCUGGCACACACACACACACAGACAUGCACACACGCACAAAUGUGCACAGACAAGCGCACACAGAAACAUACAUAAAUUGGGAUAUGCACAUUAGCAGAAAAGUUAUAUGUAGCUACAUGGCCGCACACACAUACACACAGUCCCCACUUUAUAGAGCUACCUAUUUUACAUUUCUCAUGACAGCCUUAUCUUCAUUAUAGUGUCUUUGCCAAAUUCCCUUAGCCCGUGAUUAGAUUUGCAGCAGGGCACAACUCCCCAUAUGCUGAAUGAUCUGAGGAGGCUAUGUAGUUGCAUGAUGGAGAGAUUUGACUUUGGACAAUGAUGUCAUAACAUAGCACUGUAUAGAGCACAAUCUGUGAGACCAUUCAAUGGCUGAUCACAUUGCAGCACUUGUGAAGAAUAGAUUAGUCUACACAAUCAAUUCCUUAUAACCCUCUCCAUUACUGGGAGUGUUGCUAGAAUGAGCACAUGAUGUCAUUUCAUCUAUGAUUGGAUCAUCAGUGGCUGUAGUGUUGAUAAUAUGGUGGGGUCAUUUGCACCUAGCAGUCUGCUGCAAUUCUGCUAGAAAAACGAAAACAGUUUUGUCAGUGUGGAUGGCUCAGCAUUUUAGGUUAAUCAGUUUUUUAAAUUGUUUAAUGUAUUGAACGUAAGAGGAAGCCCAGUUGAAGUUAUUUGCUCAGAUAAAUCAACUUAGUGAAAUCGAAUAGUUCUGCUUACAUGUUUUUAUGACCACGGUUGUCAUCAGUUCUUAGUCAGUUAUACAGCGAUUGCAGUCAAGACAGAAGACUGAGAGGUUGCUUACACCUUGAAUCAGUAUGCAUUUUUGUGAUCACAAUCACAAACAAACCAGGACGUACUGUGUCACAAUUUGUGGCAGUCAGGGAUGGAUCUUGACCGCAUUCAAGACAAGUGUAAAUAAAUGUGUUUUCAAAUUCACCAUACGAUUACAUAUUCCCAGAAAAGUGGACAUAGUAGUGGUACUGACCACUGCAGAAAGCAUACAAUUUGUUUCCUGUAGGGAUGCAAAUUGUGGCCGAUAAUUAUUUUGACCAUUGAACAACCAUCAGUGGUCUGCGAUUAAUCAUCAGCUGGCAAACCUAAAAACGAAGGGCACAACCCAUAAAAAAUCACUUAUAAAAUGGAUCUCAUCGAAAUCUGUGUCUAAAUGGCUGAGCCACAUUCGGAGCCAUUGUGGCAUACUUGAUAUAUUCACACAUUAGCGCACUCACAUCAACUAAAUUCUCUAUAAAUGGCAAGAGAUUAAAAAGUGUGUGUAACAUGGAGCAUAGUACUGAUAGGUGGGGUCAGGCAUAAGUGUGUAUAUGAAGUAAACAGCCUGAAAUCGUAUUAAACAUACCCUACCCAAGAACCUGGUUGUGUUUAAACUGAGGAGCUUCAUGUGUUUUUUUAACCGUUAGCAUUGAACGUACAUUUUAUUUUUUGCCGGUUAGCGGUUAAUUGGUUAAUCAUUUACAUUCCUAGUUGGCAGGUAAAAAACCCCUGUUAAAGAAGUUUACCAGAAGCAAAACAGAAACAACAUAAAUGUUAAUGUACUUUUUAUGUGGGAAACUAAAAUCGGAUCUCACCUGACCACAAAUUAUAUCUAGAUACAGUCUGGGCAUCAAACAAUGUUAAUGCAAGGUGUAAACAGCUUCUUAGAGAUCUAGAACAAACCACAAGUACAUCCAUUUGUCCAGCUAGACACACAGGUCCAAAUUGAGCCCACCCAACACCAGAUGCACUGUCUAUAUAUUCAGGGGCUUAGUUUGAUUAAACAAAAUAUCCAGUGGGAUGGCAAAAUCUUAACCAGCAAAGAUAUUAGGUUGCCAUAGAGAUGAGCAUGUAGCAUAAACAACAUACAGUCAUGCUAAGUACGACCUCAAGAGAUAUAGAGAUAUUAUCCAAGAUGUAGAGGGGGGAUAAACUGUAAGAUAUUUGACAUUUGAUUAAUGCUACUGAGGUUGGGGAUAAGGUGCAAUGUUGACAGUAAUUGUUAUGGUGUGUUGUCCGACACUUUCUAAGACAUUACGUCCAUUAUUUACAUACAUUUAUUCUUUCUCAUAUAUACACAAAAGCAUACAAACAAAAAAUUCCACUUAAAGAAUUGAUGCUCGAUGUGAACUGCUAGAGAUGGUUCAGUUCUGUCGAAGGUGCACAUCAGACUGUUCGACAUUAUGCAAAUGAAGCUGUGCUGAGUGGAAGCUCGAACCCCCCCCCCACUCCAAACCCCUCCUACACACUCCAUCGCCUUGGCAACCCUUUGCCCUCAGCAUGGCAAUGCAUUCUGGGAGACACACACUCACAGAAGGAGCAGAUUGGCGACAGCAAUCUCGCUGUGAGGUGCCUUCCAGAUGAACCGGCAUAUCCAUAUGUGAGACAAAAAAAAAAAGAAAAAAGACAAAGAACUGCAUUUCCCAUGCUGCAUUGUAAACAAAUUUUGUUAAGUUGUGAAUGCUGCUCUUGUUUUCUAACCUCAUGACUAAGUCACUUUCAUACUGCACGGGGACCAAUCAGAAUCAUCAGAGGGACUUAUUUAUGUACAUAUGCACAAGUUUAAGAGGGACCUAAUUAUCAGUAAAAGGAGGCCAAAGCUUCAGAAAAAAAACACCAUACUGGCUAUGUCAUAAUUUAUGUGAUGUCAGUCUUCUUCUUCUGAUUGGCUGGAAACUUCAGUGACUGGCAGAACAAAGCGGGAAUGAUUAACUAGAAAGUCUCAAGCUUAUGUCUCCUAUUCCUCUUGAGGAAAUUACGUUUAAGUAGUAUAGACAGCUAUUCCUUGAUGGAUGCUACAACUCUGAGCCUCCUGUGUUUGCUUGUCUCCCACCCCCCUUGUCUUAAUUUCGAGCAAAUUAUGUUCUCAGAUAAAAAAACACACUAUAUAAAAAAGCAAAAGACAAUCUCGGAGAAGGUCAUAUAAACCACGUAAUGCUAUAUUAGCACUUGCUCCUUGUUUCAAGCCUUUAACACGGAAGUGUAUAUAUAGCAAGUGUUAUAGCCAUACUCAAAAAAAUAACCUGUUCACCCAAGAGAUACAGUAUUCUUACUGGGGGGUUUCCAUUAAGAGGAGCAAUGCAUUUUGGUAGGUAACUACGUGACAUACCCACUUUUUUUUAAUAUAUGUAGAACUGAUUCUAAUUACUUUGUUAUUUCCUUAUAAGUGUGUAUUUAUUAUGUAAGUCUACAGGGUGUAUAGAGCUCUUUCUGUAAGACUCUGACUCUAAAGGGAAUUCACCUUGUGUCUCAACAUUCCAGACAUAGACGUCAGUGCUCAAAGCAGUCAACUUGGUCUGCCAACAGCGGAUGCAAAAUCCAACCUCAGCCAAGUGUGAGCAGAAAAUAGAUCUCUGUGUGAUUGAAAAGUCAAGUUCCUUUCCUUUGUAUUUCACAUUCACCAAUUCAAUUUAAUUCAGAUUCUGUCAGCUGCAGUUGUAGCACUGACAGUAAUAAGGAAAAAUCUCUAACUCAAAAACAAUUAAAUAUUUAUUUUUGGUAGCGCUUUAUGAUUUGGUCAGUUUAAAUAAAAAACAGUCACAUAUUACUGGCAUCUGCAAUCUGAAAUGAUCUGGAAUGAUGAUAAAACACACCUGACCUCACUCAAGCCAUAUAUUUGGAGCACAAUUCACUUUUAUUUAUUGAAAAACAGACAUUUAUUUAAUCCAUAAAAGAGAAAAACGCCCAAAAAUUCCUCAAAAAAGUAUGUGGCAUUGAGGUUUACACUCCACCACAAAUAGACUGUAUAUUAUGAGGCUAUUGAGGCUUAUAGAGAAAAACAAAAAUCCUCAAAAAGUUCACACCACAAAUAGGCUGCAUCUUCAUCGUAGCUGAAGGGACCAGGCUGAUUUCCCAUCAGUCCUUAAAGAAGGAUCGGAGGUAGGAUAGUAAUCAGGGCUUUCUCUUUCCUACGUGAGCGCUUAUUCCUUGA